UAAACAGCGAUUCUUUUCUCAAUCUUCAUAAUUUUGAAGUUCUGUAUUUUAUUUGAUGUAGGAAUUUAAUUUUUAAAUGUCAUUUAGACAAUCUUUGGGUUGAAGGGACUAAAGAAGAUUGUGGCAAAGUACUUUGAAUCAUCUUGUACGCUGUUCUAUUAAGAACCUUUUACCCUGCAUUUCGGCUUAAAACUUGGCUCCUAUUUAUUCGAUCAAAAUUUAAGAAUUGUCCGACUUCACUGUUUUAUUAUUAAAAAACAUUCAUAACUUCUAAGUGAUUGGGCUUAUCUACAAAAAAUUUGCUUUACAUCUUUAAUAUUAUAACCCCUUUAUUUAAAAUUAAUUGUAAAAUAGUAGACUGUUUAAAAAUUACUUUUAACAUUAUAUGUUGGAUAUCUAUGCUAUUGAUUGUAUGAACAUUUUUUCAUAUUUUACAGAAUUAUGUUGCAAGUAAGUACAUGCAUUGGUAAGUUUUACAGCUGAUCGCCAAAUUACAUACAUAUAUCUCCUGAUGCAUAAGAUCGCUAAAUUUCUGUCCUGUGAUUUACCAUAAUUUUUGAAGGAUGGCAUUUGCACACCGAUGGACGGUAGCCUAGGAUUGUUGCGCUAGUUUUGAAGUCGUCAAGUUUGAAUUUGCUUUGGCAUUUCGUGCUUCUGAACUUCAACUAAACUGACUUCACAAACAUUACUCAAAAAAUUUGCAUGUAACAUAAUUAAACCAUGUUAAAUAUGGUGUAACAAAAUAUCUGUCGGUAAACUUUGUGUCAUGUAACACAAAUGGCACUUUUUAAAAAAUUAGCGGUAUGAUAAAAGUACAUUAUGUGGUAUUAUUGUAUGUUUGUGAAUUUUUGUUGCAGGGUGCUACGGUAUUCUUUUUGUAUCCUCAAUGUUAUUGAAACGUGUUUUACUGAAACAUUAAGAUGUUAUUUUUACUUGGUCCAGUCCCGUACAAGAUGCGACCCGCUACUAGGAUCACUGCUUCCCUCUCAUUACGUGAAAUCAAGGGAGAAAAUGUUGAAGAGAAAGGACGGUCUCAUCUGGGCAGUUGCCCAGGUGUCCCAAAGAGGAAACAAUUCUGUGGGAGUACUGAAUUCAUCCUGCAAGGAGGUGAAAUCGACAAACCACUUUCAUGCAGUACCAAACGGCAUGAGCUACUUGGAACAAGAAGAACCAACAUGGUCACAAAACAUCGAUUCGGCAGCGUCUAUGUUCCCGCCAUCCACGUUAUCGCCAACUCUGGACCUGGGUCAGUGGGGAGAAAACUUUCAAGACCUGAGCAGUUGGUGUCGCAAACCGCCGCGGGGUACCUCUUCUAUCACGGUGGACGACACAAAAGGUUCCAGUUGUAUUGCACAAGACGAUGAACUAAAUACACCGGUUAUAGGUGUUCUUCAUGAAUUUAACUUUACUUCAACCUCAUGUGCGUUGCAAGAGGAAACGUCACCUUAUCUGUGUGAUGGGGCAAGUUGGGAAAUUCCACCGCCAUUAGACCUUCUGCAGAUGCCGUGUACCGACGAAGACAAAAAGUCAUUUGAAACUGUGAAGAAGACAGACAGUGACAAUACACAAUCUACUCCAGCUGAUGCAUUUUUUGUUGACGAUACUUUGGGAUUAUCUGUAGGUCAUGAAGAAGAGAUAGUGAGUUCUCAUAUUAAUCAGGAAAGAAUCGAUCUUGAAGUUACGGAAAAUAAGGAACCGGAUGAUUUGAAAUUGAUGGUAAAUGCAAAUGAAUUGGGAGAUCAAAGUGGAGUAAAACGCAUAGACUUUGGAAAUUGUGAAUCAGUCGAAGUAAGCAACCGUGCCGUCAAAGGAAUCGGCGUUGGAAGCGGGAGUUUAGAAUCUCUCUUGGGUCUUGAUUUCGGCGUUGAGGCCGUUAACGGAAUAUUUUCGGUCGAUAGGAACUCGCAGCGAGCUGAUACCAACCUGAACUUGAAAAAUAUCCUGGCUGGUAGCAUUUGUCAUAUUACCAGUGAUGAACAAAGAACUGUUGAAACUCCGACGGUUACCUUGGUUGCAAACGAGGUAUCAAACGCGAUUACGACAAAGUCUCAAGUAAUCGGUCCUUCGAAUACUAACAUACAUUUGAUAAAACAAAGUAUGAGGUCUAAAGAAAGUUUUUCUGGAAAAGAUGCUGCGAAAUUUGCAUCUCCCAGUGUAAAUGGGAGCAAAGAAUUUUGUGGUAGUAAUGCGAUGGCUGCCAACAUUUGGAGAACUGAUGUGCCUGUGAAAAUGGGAGAACAGCCAAAGGCUGUGAACUGCAAGCAUUUGGAAAAUGCUGUGCCCGUAGAGGUCCUGGCCGAUGACUUGCCGUCGAGUACGAGUUCAGAGCCCCAUCUGCUUCUUUCAAGCGCGAAAGACGAGAUUACUAGCGGUCAUGUAAUGAAGCCACAGUUUGCAGUAAACGUGGAGAAUGCUACAAAGAGGAACUUGAGACUCAACCUCGCAACGCAGUUGAGCGCCGAUGAUAUCAUCAGCACGCCUGUGGUGUUGGAACCUUUACUGAAGCAGGGCGAACCAUUCGACUUGCUAGCCUAUGUUUUUGAUGAUGAUCAAGCGUUUCGUUUGGAUUGGCCAGACACCAUCGGCGUAGGCUUCGAUGGCAAGAUUCCUAAAUCUUGCACAGCCGAAGCUUCUGGCACAAAGCCAACAAAUAAUGCGGAAUUGCUGGGCAGCUUUCAGGGUGACGCAACUGUUAGCGUGGUGGAACCGUUUGUCACCGAAAAAUCUCCCGAUGGACGGUGGAAUAUUAUUGAGUCUGAGCACAUGGAGGUGGAAGAAAUUGAAGAUGAGUCUCUAUCUUCAAGUAUUAAAAUUUUGGGAAAAUCAGAUGUACAGUUUGAAGGGUGGACAAAAACUAAUGUUACAAAGGGCUUCAAAGCUGUACGAGAAACCAGAAAACAUCUGUCAACUCAGAGCACAUUGGAAAGUAAAAUUUUACAGGACGGACCAGUCUUGAAACUUAAGAUUUCCAAACGUAAGCUAUCUGCUGGACGAGGCAGCGAUACGAACGUCCUGUCACAAAAACAGGUUUCUCCAAGGAAGAAUGUUUCUGAGCUUGAAGAGCUGCCAUUAUCCAGACGAACCCGAGGAAAGCCGGAGAAACGGUCGAGUCCGUCGACGUCUAAGGAAGAAGAAUCUCGAUCAGGCAGAGGGUCUCUUCAGAGAAGACGGUCAUCAUCGCGUUCCGUGCCUGAUGACGCGUGGACUCCGCCAUCAAAAAGGUCAAGACAGUCUUCCGUCGAUUCCGAUUGCGACCGAUAUCGAGAGCUGAGGGACAGAAACAACGAGGCGUCGAGAAAAUCCCGACAGAGCAGGAAAGUCCGAGAGGGAGAGAUGAAAGAAACUGCUGGAAAACUGGAGAGAGAGAAUCAGAGUUUGAAGAUCAAGGCAGAUGAAAUGGAGCGACUAGUAAAGAAACUGAGAGAGGCUCUUCUCGAGGCCGUGAUGAAAACUAAAAAGGAAUGAGCGUCUGAGGAGUGGAAGACCGCGCGGCAGCAAACCGGAAGUGACACUGAAACCAUGAACUUGACCCUGUAACUUAAUUAUAUGAUACAUAUAUGUGGUUUAAUUACAUACUAAUUGGUCGAGGAGGCUUAUCAUCGCAUUUGGUGCAUGUUAUUUUACGUUUUAUCAUCUAGGAGGUGGGAGCUGUUAAUUUUAUAAAAUCAAAUUUACUUGUUGAACAAAGUUCGUUGCAGAUUUAAUUUUAAAACUGACCAAUCCUGUUAUGUUAUUUUGUUACGAGGUACUGUAUAUAUAUAUAUAUAUAUAUAAAAAAAUUUAAUUUCAAAACUUAAUGACUUGUAAGUCAAUAAUUUCCAUCAUUGUACGCUACAAGAUGCAUUUGGACACAAACUAAGCGUGUCGUGUAUAUAUAUAUGUAGAGUGGUUGCACAUUCAUUUUUGAAAUAUUUUUAUACACUUCGCAUGCGUUUAUUUCAGUCUUUAUGUAUGAAAUUUGACUCGUCAAGGAAUCCGUAGCUUUUUCUGCGAUUAUUUUACUUCGUUCGGCUGCAAAGUGACGUUCCACUAAAAGUUCAAUGCUUAAAGCAUGAAAUUGACUUUUCUGGAAACAUGUCUAAAUUAGUGUUUGUGCAUAAAAUAUUGAGUAGUUGAUAGGUGUCGAUGAUCUUCAGCGAUUAAUAUUUCUACGUAAUAAUCGCUUUCAUGAGAUCAGAUUUCCUUUCUAAAGGCAGUGAGAAAAGUAAUGUGCAGCGCAACGUUUGUUCCUAAGACGGAAAAUAAAAUUAUUUUAAAAGUCUUCGGUCUGUUUUUGAGGCUGAAUAAAAACAAAUUUGACUCCAUAGGAAGGCGUCAGGUAUUUUAAGAUUGACACGCAAGACGAGCGUAGUUUUUUUUAAUGUGCAAUAAAUUGUAGCUAAAAUGGUGAUUUGGUGACGUACUUUAAUUGGAAUUAUAUUGUUCAUUAAAUUCAUUUGUGAACAUGUACAAUUUGUUCAAAAAAAAAUGUUAAUAAACACUGCCGUUUGCAGAUCUA